AUGAAUAAUUCCGAUUCGAUCUCGGUGAUUCCCCAAGAAGGGGAGAAUUCUCAAUUACAAGGGGGGAGUGACGAAUCUGCCCCCUCUUCAUCAACAUUUUCCGGCAUACCUGGAUUAGGACGUCUUGGAAAUGCGCCGAAAUCUGAGAGUUCAAAACCAUGCGCGGGGAGUGAGACCGCUGAAAACCAUGUAAAAGAAUCGGCUGCUUCCCAAGAAAAAUUGUCAGAAGCUACCGAUGGCCAAGCCCAAGAAGAUUCUACGAUGGCAGAUGCCAAAUCUUUCCUUCAAGAAUCCGCAACUUCUACAGCCCACGACGCGACCUCAGAAAUCCCCUCUCAAAUCAACGAUGAGGCUUUGCAGGUGACGGGAAUCGAUUUAAAACGAACAGAGAAACCAAUUGAUUCUGAGAUGCGACAAAUUCCUCAAGAAGAUGCCAAAGUCAGCACACAUGACACAAAUAGCAAUGCGAUGGACGCUGAGAAUUUGAAACCCACCACAGAGCCACAUCUCAAAAAAGAAGUCGAGGCGCCAUCAGAUGAAUUUCUAGGACCUCAGCCUAGCACGAGCGACAUCCAAAUACUCAAGAGUCACCCCGAUCCACCCAAUUUGACACAUGCUUUAGAGGCGAUGCUAGGAGGUCUCAUGCACCCUGCGGCCGUGGUUGCGGAUGUUUCAACAACGGAAGAUGCGCCAGCAGCACAGGCGACAGAAUCUGAACACCCAGAAUGGGAGGUUGACUCGUCUCCAUAUGAAUCAUCCUCCGACUCGUCAAGCGAUAGUUCAUCUGAAGACGACAGCGAAGAUGAGGAUGGAGAGAAUACAUAUAAAUUGUUAAGCCCAGAAGAGCAAGCUAGAAUUCUGAUGGAAGGUGAUGGUGGUUCAGAUGACGAGGGAACCUCCAAAGGUGCUAAGGGUGCUGGAGCUCAGUUACGGACGAAGAAUGAAGUACCAGAGGAAAUAAUUCCCAAGCCAGACGUCACAAUCACACCCGAGAUGCCCAUCACAAAAUUGGGAGAUGUGGAAGGAGUGGUGGAUAACAUCGUUCUCAUCAAAGCUUUCACAACCGGAGAGUACCAAGUAUUGAGAGAGGAAUCCGUCUUAUGUUUAGAGGAUCGCAGUGUUAUAGGUGUGGUGUCAGAAACAUUGGGCAGGGUGGAACAGCCAUUAUAUUGUGUUAGGUUUACGAAUGCUGCAGCAAUUAUCGAAGCAGGACUGUCCGUUGGGACAACAGUUUACUACUCUGAGCAACAUUCAAAAUAUGUUUUUACACAAGCUUUGAAGGCAUACAAAGGUACAGAUGCUUCCAACUUGUACGACGAGGAGGUCGGCGAUGAGGAAAUGGAAUUUUCGGAUGAUGAAAAGGAAGCUGAACAUAAACGAAGGAUAAAACAAAAGAAGGCAGAAAAGAGAGGUGGUAAGGCUCAACAGAAUGGUGGUCAUUCACAUGGUGGACAUGCGUCGCAACAGUCGUACGCCGCCGAUAAUGGCGCCGUGCUGAACUAUGACGAAGCCGAAGAUGGCCCUUAUAAAACCCUCACUCGACCAAGCGGAUUCACUGGUGGUGCAAGUGGUGGUGAAGCCCCGCAAGAGGGUUCUCAAUAUAAUAGAGCAAAUCAACGCGGUGAUCAUGUAGGGAGAGGCAGAGGAAGGGGUCGCGGGGACAGGGGCAGAGUAGAUAGGGGUCGAGGACGAGGACGAGGUGGCGGAAAUAAUGAUCGAAGUAACGGCCAUCCCCGUGGUGCCUCAUCUCAGGCGAACAAUACAUUUUCUCCGCAAAACCCAAGUCCCGGAUUAUACAAUUCUCAACCAGCUUCCUUACCGCAAAAGCCUAACUUUCUACCUCCGCCACCUUCUUCAAACAUAUACAGCAAUCCAAUUCAGCCGCAACAAUAUCAAUCUCAACAACCACAACAAUAUCCAUCACAGCAACCUCCAGUAUGGCCAAUGUACCCGCAAGGUUACCAGCAACCUUAUCAACAACCUCAACCAAGUUUCCCGCCUGCGCAGAAUAAUUGGCCAGCAAAAUGGAUCAAAUCAACACGGGGCAAACCAAUGGACCCAUCCGGGGCAGCAAAAUGGGAAUGGAGGGAGCAGGUGAUGCAUGUUAGAUUAUGUAUGAUUGUUGUUUCUAAGAAUAAAAUUGAGCCACAUUUCGUUGAUGAUGCUCCAGAUACAUAA